AAAAUGCAGGAAGAGUGCGAUUUUCAAGUCACUUUGGAGAAGAAACUAUCGGUUGAAACCAGGCUCGACGUUGUAGCAAGUAGUACCAAUUUGUCUGAAACAGAAAUUAGAAAAUCGGUACCAGAAGAUUCAUCGGUGGAUUUCGAAGUUCUAUCCACCUCGUCAUCCGACGUUCUCACAAAAAUUACCUUAGAAUCGUUGAAGAACGAAAGCACAUCAGACGACCAAGCGAACAAAUCGACCCUCGAAUCUAUACCGGAAGUCGAUAACGAGGACGAUUCCAAUUGGCUGUCGUAUUUCGAUUGUAACGCGAUCUUCGAUGUAACCUGUGAAAAUCUGUCUUAUUACAAUUCGACGAAAGCUGAGAAAGACAGCGACAGCGAUAUGGAUGACACUUUGACUUUUGACGAUGCCGAAGAAGGUGAAUCUAUGACUCUGGACGAAAACGAUAGUUGUUGCACCAAGUCUUAUCGCCAGCGAUCGUUUGAAGAAGUUUGUGAAAAGAAGCUUGACAGACUUGACCAAAUGACAGAUAACAACCAUCCCACUGUUGUCUCCGAUAAAAUUUCUUUGAUCGAGAUAAAUCGCGAACGAAAUAUUUUCAAGGAGACUCAUCGAGAUAUCGCAAACGAAAACGAUAAAAAUGGAAAUAAUAUCGACUGUGAUUCAGAAGAUCGAACGAUCGAUGAUCGAACUAAGGAAGCAAAUAUAGAAAUGGAGGAAAAUCAGAAACAUGAUUUUGUUCAUAUCAGUAAUGAAGAACUGAUCGAAGAAGCGAACAAGAUGUCAGAUAGUUCACACUUUUUAAGCGACUGGGAUGACGAAGACGAAAGAAAUCUGGUUUAUUCUUCGCCUAAUGUGAAUAUUUCUGCUUAUUUUAAAUUUAGAGAUAGUAUGAAAGAACCUAAAUUUGAAGCUACUUUGGAACAACCAACUUCCAUAUUUUCGAAUAAAGGAAAUAAAGAGCCAUUGCUUUUGGAAGAAAUUGUCGGAGAAUCUACCGAAAAUGAUAAAAAAGCGACAACGAAUGAAGCAGAAGAUCAAUCUACGAAAGAACCAAAAUCGGAAGAAGAUUUGGUAAAAAGUUUUACGGAAAAUGUACGUUCAAGUCAAGGACAGGGAACGAAGUUCGUAGAAUUGGGUUCUCCGGAAGAAUAUUUAGAAAAAUUGGCAGAGAUCACGGAAGCAGAUUGUCCAAGAUCCGAGGAAGAAGUGCAGGAAAAGUUGAAAAAGAUCGCCGAGGGGAAAGCAAAGAUAGAAAAUCGGAAAAACGAGGCUUUGAAAGAUCUGUCUGUUGAAUUUAACGAGAUCGAGAAGCUUGUUGCAGAAACGAAAUCUAUCGAACAGUAUAAUAGCGAAUCUGACGAAAGUCUAGACGAAUCGAAGGAAGAGGAUGGUAUUGAGAUGCCUUUGACGAAAGAUCAAGUAGCUGAAAGUUUUAAGAUGAAGAAUACUCAAAAGGAUAUGGAAGACGAGGUGAAACGUCGUGCAGAAUCAUUGCAAGAAUGUCUGCAAGUUAUUCCAAGAGACCCAGAAGAAUUUAUACAAGACGAAAUUGAAGGGAAAGCGGAGGUAGAAAAUAGAAGAAACGAGAUUUUCAAGGAUUUAGCGAUGGAAUUUAAUGAGAUUGGAAACCUUUUCGUGAGAGCAAAGAAUAUUGAAAGUUUUAAUAGCCAACCUAACAAAAAUUCGAACGACGAUAUCGAGAUUCCUUUGAUCGAAGAUCAAGUAGCUGAAAGUUUUAAAUUCACAGAUAGUCAAAACAAUGUGGAAAAUGUGGCGGAACAGUGUGUAGGAUUUUUAGAUGAGUGUUUUCAAGGUAUUCCUAAAGAAGGAGAAGCUGAAGAAUCUACCGAAGGCGAAGGUUCGUCUAAAACUGAAGAAAACGUAGGAAAUAUCGAGGGAGAAAUUGAAGAAACUUUAGAAGAUAUUGUCGAAGAAAAGCUUGUGGGAAAUUUUGAAAACAUUUCUAAAGAAAAAGUCGAACAAAAACUUGAAGAUGCUAUGGAAGAAGAGACUAUUAAAAAGAUCAUUGACGAGAAAAUUGUACAGAAUCUGGAAAAUAUUGUUGAAGAAGAAAGUGUACAAAAUGUUGAAAAUAUUACUGAAGAGAAAAUCGAAACUGACGAUGCUGUCGAUAAAUCAGGAACUUCGAAAGAAACUGCUGGUGAUACAAAAUCAACGUCAGAAACGGCGAUCAGAGGAAUUGUCCAAGAUAUUAUCGAAGAUACAGAAGACUCGAUUUUUUGGCAAUUCUACAAACAACCGGAGAGAACGUACAUAAAAGGAAAAGUUUACGAUUUCGACCCCAAGAAACACGGUGUCAGGAUGACAGAGGAGUUUUUGAAGAAGCACUGCAAAAUGAAUAAACUGUACCAAACCCCUCAUCUGAAUGACGUACUCUAUCUUCAUUACAAAGGUUUCUCAUUCAUCGAGAAUCUGGAGAAAUACACAGGCCUAAGAUGUCUAUGGCUGGAGAACAACGGUAUCCGUGAGAUCGCGAACCUGGAGAAUCAGAGCGAGUUGAAGUGCCUUUAUCUCCAUAACAAUUUGAUCAAUAAAAUCGAGAAUCUCGAAUGGUUGACGAAGCUAGACACUUUGAACCUCUCGUACAACACUAUACGGAGGAUCGAGAAUCUCGAUAGCCUCAAGUUCCUGAAUACUCUAAACCUGUCGCACAACUACUUACAAGAUACCAAUGACAUUGAGCACCUCCGAUUGCUGGAUAGCCUCUCGGUACUGGAUAUUUCUCACAACAGGAUAGACACCGACGAAGUCGUUAAUAUCCUAGGAGAUAUGAAAGAAUUGCGCGUGGUAUCUUUGAUGGGCAACCCAAUUCUAAAGAAGAUCAGACUGUAUCGCAAGACCAUGAUCUUGAAGUGUAGAAACCUCAAGUAUCUAGAUGACAGACCUGUAUUCCCAAAAGAUCGUGCCUGUGCAGAAGCUUGGAUGCGAGGAGGACCCGAAGAAGAAGCAGCUGAGAGGAAACGCUGGAUCGAGGCGGAGCAGAAGAAAAUCAAUGAUAGCGUGCAAGCCCUGAUAAACAAAAGGAAGCUGUACAAACCGGUCGGGACGUCCGAAAAGGAGGCGGAGGAUAAGAAGAAGACGAAGGAGGACGAAGAAGUAGCCACGACCACGCUUGUCUGCACGAGCGACGAACUGCUCAACUUGGAGAAGAAGAAAAAGUCGAAUGGUACCUCAUCCUCCAACAGCUCGUCCGCGUCCUCGUCAUCGGACGAAGAGGUGGAGAACGCCGAGGUGGAGGAUGAUGGAACUGGGCAAAAAGGAAUCGAGAAAAGUGACGGAAGGAGGCCAAUGGCGGAGGAAGGAAGAACAGCCUCCGGCGAUCUUGGCAAGGAAAUAUUGUUACCCUGGAAAACACAGGCCACGACACGUAAGCAGCCGAAACAGUUAGUAGAAGAGAUUGAAGAAACGAAAGAAUACGUGGCAGGAGACGCAGAACGGAAAAGGUUCGGGACGAAAAUUUUGGACGAUCAACGAUGUAGCGACGACCUACCAGGUGGUUAUUCUGUUGGAAGAGAACUGGCCCAUUACGAGAAACUUGUCCUGGAGACGACCAACGAGACCGAAAUUACUCCACCGUGCUGUAAGCGGGAGAAGAACGACGAUACUGAAGAAAAAUCAUUUAAGGAUUCGUCGGUUUGUUGUAAUAUUUUGGAGUGGCCGAAUGGCAGAAACGAGAAAGAAGAGAAUAUCGUAAAUAACAUGAAGGAUAAACCUCUGUGUAAAGAUAUCCUGGACAAUUAUCGUAGAAAAGACGAACCACAUCCUUUAACCAGUCAACUGAGUAGCAUCAGAGAAGACAUGAAAGAGUUCUGCGCUGAUGUGGAUAAAUUUAUCGAAGACAAUAAGAUCGUUUUCAAAAAUGGCGAAGUGAAAAGACUGUGGGGUGAGAAAGAGGAAAUUAACGCUCGAAUAAAAUCUGAUAGAGAUAACGAAGAAAAAGGAAAGGAUUCGUCGAGUAAAGAAAAAGAUUUUAAAUGGUGGAACACGAAGGAGAGGAAGUUAAAAGUGAAGGAGAUUUUGAAGAGUAGAGAAGAAGAAAGUAAAAGAUCGAAGAAUGUUAAAAAGAUCGAAAUUAUCGAGGACGUGGCAGAAAAAAUCUCAGAAGCUUCAAAUAAAGAAGAAACUAAAGAAAAUAAGGAAGUUUCAUCUUCGCAAGGUGUUUACGAUUUAUUAAAUCUAAAAACGUGUCCCACGAUUCUAUUGAGCAAUGUAAAAUCUUAUCCUAGAAAUGAAGAUGCUUCUGUGCUAUGCGAAUCUGCCAAGAAAGAAGGCAACGAAGAUCGUUCCUCGGGUUUAUUCAAUUCUCUGUUCAACGAGAUGGAGUAUAGAGAUUCGAGCAAUAAACGCGAAAAAAUGUCAAAGUCCGUUAGUUCUCACGAAUUGCUGACUUUAGAAGAAGCAGAGGAAGCUGUCGAAGAAACAGCACGGUCAUCCAGUUGUACUGAUAUAAUUUUUUCAGAUCAAGAGAAUUUUCAGAACAAAUCUGUUCGUAUAGAAAUCACGGGUACGGAUCCUGCGAAUGCCACAUUGCUCGAUGACGACGAAGAAUCGGAGAGUGAAUCUGUGAAAACUGUAAUUAACAAUUAUGAAAAAAUUAACGAGGAAGGAGAUACAAGAACAAAUAUCGUAAAAGAAAAUAAUUCUGAAUGUGUUUCUGAUAGUUCAAGCGUUACUGGAGUGCAAAACAAAAUGCAACAGCUAGAUACCACGUCCGACGGUCCUAUAAUAUCUUCGAGCGUUGAAAAGUCUAGUCAAUCGUCUAAAUCGCAUAAAAGGUCGCGAGAUUGCGAAUAUCUGGAUGUAGUCAGCAAAAAAUCCCAUCUAAUCGAAGAAGUGGAUAUCGAAAAAGACAGGAGCGAUGAGAGAACGACUAGUGAAGUGUUUGAAAAGUGUAGACGGCAUUUCAUGAAAGAGGCAAAGAACUUUGUAAAAAAGGAAUCGCCUCUGAUCAACCAGUGCAUAGAGAGCUUGAUAGCAAACAGAAAUUCAGAGGGAAAUUGGAAGAUACAGAGUAGUCAAGAGGAUUUCUUAAACUUCACAACUGUGAACUUAAACCCUGAUUUUCGUUGUGGGAAAAAUUCGGUUAAUUCGGAGGAGAAAAUGAUUUCUUCGCGUGAACAAUCUCACGUGAAGCCGAAUAGCAUUUCGAGCGUUCAAAAUCUCGAAGAUGAUCGAGCAAGUACGAAAAAAUCGGAUUCGUGUACUGACCGACGAUCAGAAAUGGCAUCGAUUACCCAGCUUCUAGACCAAUCUCGUAGCUCCGAGAAGCAUUCGUCAAAUAUGUGUACUGAUCUCUAUCAAGAAUUCUGCAAUCACUUGGAUCAGAUGAACAGUAAAAGAAAGCUUCUAAUCGAGCCAGAUUUUGUAAAAAAUAGCAGGGCAAUUGGCAACGAACAGACAGACGACCUUCUAUCGUCAAGGGAGACCAAACAGUCGAAAGAAGAACAAACAAAACCAUUGAUCGAGGAGAUUUCAGGAAAUUCAACAAACGUAGACGAAUUAGAAAAACUUGAAGAACUAUCUGUUCAUCUCGAAGAUCUUGGAAUGGACGCAGCGUUUAAGGAUAAGAUAUUAAAGAGCAUAAGUGCUCCAAAAACUGAGGAGCAGAGAAAAAGAGCAAAAAGGUCGGCCGAGAGGUUGAUGAAGACUUCCAGAGAAGCAAUGGCGAAAGGAAAAUCUUUGCUAGAACGGUCUUCCCCUGUCAGUAAUCAGAAAAAGGAUCUUGAUCAUAGUAGGAGAUUUUUCAUGAACCUGUUAGCAGAGGUUUUGGAGGAAAAUAAGCAUAAGGACGUUGAUCCCACGAAGAGUAUCGAUGACAAAUCUGAAUCAGGUUCAAUCGCCGAAACAGUUUCAGAUAUUUCGAAAAACACUGCCGUAAAAAUAGAAGAAAUCGCAAGAUUAUCGUCGAUUGAUAACAAGAGGAGUCAGGGCGUUGAAAUUCUUGAUACAGGGAUAGAAAACGUUGGUAGAGCGAGGAAAAGUUUGGAAAUGCAGAUGGUUCAGGAAAACUGAAGGAAGAUCGAAACUGAAACACACAAAGCUUUGAGAAAAUGUUAGUAUUUAGAAAAAAGAAAAUCUGAAAAUAAUUGACUUUUCAUAUACCAUGAAAGAAGAAGAAAAAAAAAAUCGUAGACUCUGUAAGUUAAGUUGUACGACUGUAUUUCUGUUACUUUGUAUUCAAGUAAACGAAUUAUUGCGUUCCAAUUAUUCGUGCGUCGAAAAAAAAUCACGAGUCUAAAAAUCAGAUUUCGAUCCAUCUGUAAAAAGAAAAAAGAAAAUAUGGUAAACAUUUGACGAGAAGAAUAAUCUAAACGAUGGAUAGCAAAGUUAGACGGACCUUCUACUACGUACACUUUAUUUUUUUUUGUCCACACUCACAUCAAUUAUAUAAUAAUAAUAACGAUGAUGGCGGUGAUCUGGUGAACCAUAAUUAAUAGUAAGAAUAAUUAAUCUGUAAUUAUGUGACAAUCGGCUGCUUGCAAACGAAACAAUAGUCUCCGACGUUCUUAUGUUCUCGUCGUUCUCGAGGGCACCCGAAUUUCAAACGAACAUCCUGGCGCCCUCGCAAAGCUUGGCAAAAAGCUCGUGAUACUUUUUUUAUACGUUUAUAUAGGAUGAUAUCGGAAUGAAAAUUUUUUCCUUCCGUCGCAAGAUCGCGUCGAACCUUCCUCUUGUUCCUUUUGUUUCAUUUUUUUUUCCAUUUUGCUUUUUCCCUCGUAUUACUCUUCUCAGACACAUUUAUCCGCUUUCACAUCCCCACUGUUAGUAUUUUGUAUCUCGUUUAUUUCUGUUCGACCAUUCCCCUUUCCGUUCGCUUUACCUCGUAAUAUAUGCUAUACGACGUAUUUUUUAUUUCGCGUGCUCUUACAAUUAAGAACUACCUUACUGUUCUGACUCACCGCAGGAAGUAAAGAAACGUACAGAUACAUUAUACUCCACUGUUUCUAUAAUUAUUACAAUAAUAGAUUUAUAAAUGUCCAUUUUCCCCGUCUCAAACUCUCCCACUCAUUCUACCACUCUCGUAUCGAUCAUUUUCUCACGCGACCAGACGAAAUCAAACGUUCUCAUACGUAAUUCGUAAAAUCUCUUCGUACCGUGUUUUCUUUUUUCGCUUU